AUGUCAGAUCUACCCAUCAUGGAGCCCGACUGUAGUCGAAUGGCCACCGACAGACCACAACAGAGUGUUGAUACCCAAAUCCACAUGGAUCAUAGAGAUCACGGAAGUCAUGCAGAUACCAAUAUGCAACUUGUGCUGGCACCAUCGCAUACAGCUUCGAGGACCUGGAAGAGCAAUCACAUCCUUGAGAAAGAAGAGUAUGAGCGCGUACGCCAACGUGUCCGCCAUGUUGCACCUGAGCAGUUCAAGCAACACGCAAGACCAUAUGGCAACCCAUCCAAGAUCUUCCCUCAAAAUGGCAGCGAGUGGACGCAGCACAAAGCUGAAGUCGCUGGUCUGGCCGCGGAAGAACAUGAAAAGAAUGCGAGGGCUCUCAGAGACCAACUCGAGGCUUGGAAAUACGUCCCGAAAGAUCAGCGGAAAAUAGUUUCGAAAUUCGGCGAGCAAGGCAAGAUCUUCAAAGACGGCAUGAGUCCUGUACUUGCAAUACCUACAAUCUGGUCUGCUGAAUACGUGGGUACCGUCGCCGACUGGCCAUUACCGGCGGAAAUGAAAUGGAACGGUGACAAUCGGGAAAGCAAGCUAGCAAGAACAAAGGUCGGACGGUUCCUACCACCACCACGUGCUCCAUCUCAAUCUACUGUCGCAUGGCACGAUCAGCCUUUCAUGACUCCACUACCUCUUGACCAGACCGGUCCGGUGUACACCAGCGGCCCAGCACCUUCCGAAGUCUACAGCAACAACCUUGAGAUGGACGGAGAUGGGGCUUUUGAGGAGAAAGGCCAAGUCUAUCUCUAUCUCGCCGACUUAGAGGAUGACCUGGAUGACCCGGCACAGAAGCGUCCCCCUAGAAUUAUACGAAGUUUGGAGGCUCUGAUGAAAAAGGGCGGUGUCGGGGAGGAAGACCCUGGCGUUAUGAACGAAGACGAUGGUGUUGCGAAGGAAGAUGAUGGUGUUGCGAAGGAAGGUGACGGUGUUGGGAAGGAAGGUGAUGGCCUCGCGAAGGAAGAUGAUGGUGUUGACGGUAUCGUCAAGGACGCUGACAGUGAUCAACACGCAUUCAGUGACAUCUUCAGCCAAUGUGGAGGAGUGACUCCGAGGAUGGAGUCGGUUGAGGUCGGCUUGCUUUUCAGAGGAGACUAUUAUUCUGGAGCAUUGGGUUAUGAGGACUUUCCUCCUUUGAGCGUCGGUCGCUCCGAAGACAAACCCAGAAUGCAAAACCCAGAGAAGUAG